AUUGGAGUUACUUUGGGGAUCCCUUAACGUUUACAGUAGCGCCAUCAUCAGUUAAUGAGAGUCCUGUUGGGCACACAUGAGGAGGGGCCAAAUGAACAAUAGUGGGGCAUCUCUGCCCCGAUAGCAGCCAGGGACCUGAGAGAAAGGGGACAGGGAGACACUCAGCAGCUUAUCAGACUGACAGCUUUGGUAUUUGGAGUUAAAAACAUUAAAGACGAGGCAUCGAUCUCCGCCACAGUCCACAGGGACGGGAAGGGCCACUAAUUGCUCCAUGAGGAAUAAGGGGCCAUGUCGUUGAUGGGGCUCCAUCUCCUGGCUCUGGCCCUGUGGGUUGCCGUUGGAGUAAAGCCCCAAGUCCGGGGGGACCAGAUGAAGCCGGCCCGGGCACCUCUGAUCCCUCAUCGGCCUUUUGUCGUGGUGUGGAACGCUCCAACCGAGUCCUGCCGCCUUCGAUUCAAAGUUGAUUUAGACCUGAGUGUUUUUGACAUCGUAGCAAACCUUAACGAGACCCUGAGCGGACCGAACGUCACCAUUUUCUACCACAGCCACCUGGGAUACUAUCCAUACUACUCCAACUCCGGGGUCCCGAUCAACGGUGGCCUGCCGCAGAACCAGAGCAUCUCCAAACACCUGAGCAAGGCCAGGGCGGAUAUUGACAAGGUAAUCCCGCACAAGGAUUUUCGAGGACUGGGUGUCAUCGACUGGGAGAACUGGAGGCCUCAGUGGGUGCGAAACUGGGGCGCCAAGGUUAUGUACCGCGACAAGUCCAAGGAACAGAUCCGGAAACUUCACCCGAACUGGCCGGAGAGCAAGGUGGAGAAGGAAGCAAAGGAAGGCUUCGAGAGGGCCGGGCAGUCCUUCAUGAACAUGACUUUAGCUCUGGCUGAAAGUCGCAGGCCCGACGGGCUUUGGGGGUUUUACCUUUUCCCAGAUUGCUACAACUAUGGGUACAAGCAACACCCGCAACGGUACACCGGCGAAUGCCCCAACGUCGAGCACGUACGCAACGACCAUCUGAUGUGGCUUUGGAAGGGGAGCUCUGCCCUCUACCCGUCCAUCUACCUGGACUACGAGCUCAAGUCGUCCCCCAACACGGUCAAGUACGUCCACUAUCGAGUCAAGGAAGCCAUGAGGAUCGCGUCCAUCGCACGCAUAGACUACACGUUGCCAGUUUUUGUCUACUCCAGACCUUUCUAUGCCUACACAUUUGCCGUUCUUUCAGAGAGCGACCUGAUUCACACCAUCGGGGAGAGCGCCGUCUUGGGAGCAUCGGGGGUCAUCCUCUGGGGAUCAUCCGAGUAUUCACGAACACAGAGGAACUGCCUGACAGUGAAGAAGUACAUCGAUGGUCCGCUGGGACAUUACGUCAUCAACGUCACCUCUGCCGCCAAGCUGUGCAGCAAGGCGCUCUGCAAGAAGAACGGCAGGUGCGUUCGAAAGAGCCUCAACUCGGGCGCCUACCUGCACCUGAACCCUCGCUUCUUCCACAUCCACCGAAACCCGGCACCCAGGGGCCCGCUCUUCCACGUCAGCGGACACCUUAACAACCACGACAUCCUGGACAUGAAGCACAAGUUCACCUGUCAGUGCUACCAGGGCUGGACAGGUGUUUACUGCGAGAUGCCCCAGGCUCCAAACCCUCCUCCUCCUCCUCCUCCUCCUCCUCCCCUACCUGCUCAGCCAGCCGUCCCUUUUCCUCACCCCAGGGAGAACUGCCUGCUGGGGGAAAUCCUGCUCCUCAUAUCCCUCCAUUUCUCCUGCCUCUGUGUCAUCCUGUUCCUGGGACUCUGUCUGAUUAUCAAGUGUUUCAUACUGUAGACGUGAAGUGUGACCGGCUGCAGUACCUCUACUGUCCACUAGAGAACUGUGUUGAAAUGAAUGGCAACAAAAACAAUCCCAAAAGCUGUAUUUCCUUCCUCUUAUGCAGGUUUUAAAUCUCAGAAAAUAUUCUUGUAUUAAAGGAAUAUUUAUAAUCUAUGUUUUAAGAAUCAAAAGCCACUUUUUAAAACAUCCACUGACAAACUAAACCAACCCUAGCCUCCAUGUUUCUCCAAAAGGACGUCUCUUCUAAUCCACGUCUUUGUGUUCCUCUUUGUUUCCAGGGUUACGACAGCAACAGUACUUCCAAUCGACCAAAACAAAGCAGGCCACAGUUUAUCGUGCAUGGAAAACCUAUCAAUUACAUCUCAUAUUGCAACUCAGAGCAAACCGUUCGGUGCAAGAGUUAUUUUUUUUGCCAAAUAGGUUUAACAUAAGCUUCUGUUGCUUUACUUAGGGGGAAAUAAUACCCUCAGAUACACAGAAUCAUAAAGUUACCUAUGCAGGAAGUGGUUUUCUAAUGGCUCCUUCACUGUAAAUUCCUAGAAAGCUGAGCCUGACCGGGUUUCCUUUAAGAGAAACCACUGAAGAUUACCUGUACCUGCAGCCCCAAUACUCCACUAUUAAGCUGUGUGUUCAAAAUGCUCUAACCACAACACAAAAUAUGUCUUAAUAAGUUAUGAAAAUGGGUCCCUAUGUGGAUCUAACUACAAGUAAUGAUCUUUACAGAGACUACAGGAGGAGAAUAUACUCAAAAAGUUACACAUUUGGUUGAGUUUUCCUACAACUUCAACUUUUUACAACUCAAAUAAAACAGAUGAACUCAAACUGUUAGCACACAUAAAUGUCUGAAUACACCAAAAGUCUUCUGUCUCUGUUCUAAGGCCUUCGUUGUAGAGACUGCACGUUUUUCUUGGGUUAGCAUUGUUGUUUCUCCACUUCAAAGACAUGCAAGUUAUGUUAAAAGUGACUCUAAAUCCGUCUUUUAUGACCAUUUAUUUGUAUGUUAUAUCGUCUGGUGAAAAGCUGAAGAAAGAGAGAGUGAUUGAGGUCAUUUUUCCCAGCAAGAGGACACAUAAUACACAUAACAUUUCUGCAGGAACCUCAGUAAACAAUCAAUAAAUCAACAAACUCCAACAAGACAGUUGGGUCGGUUCAGACAUUGUUUAGUUUGGGAUAAUGACUGUAAUGAGGCUGACAUCACAGCCUGCUGAGUGGAUAUGUAGAUGGGUGGUGAUGGUUCAGUCGGUUAAAUGAGUCAUUGAGCUGUGGCGCGGGGGGGGUCACAUGACCAAACAGUUCAACAAUUGUGUCUGUUGGUCCCACGGGAAAGGGAGGGACGGACGAGUGCCAACAACUGUUUUGGGUGAUGAGAGGAAGACGAGAGGAAGACGAGAGGAGGAGGAGAAGCUUCUGGAGUUCAUGGAUCACGGAGAAACUGUCAGAGUAAACUGAGGAUUACAGAAAGUGUUGCAGUCAGCUGUUUAUAAAUCAAGGUCUUUGCCAAAUCCACUUUAACAGCAGCUUCAGAGCUUCAUUUCUGCUGCUGCUGCAGGAGGAUCAGGAAAGCUGCAUGACGUUAAUGUUUAUUUGACUUGUUUGUAUAUUUAUUUGUGGUUUUUAGUGAGGAGGUUUACAGUUUGGCCUCAUUUUACUGAAAUAUUUACGCAGAUGGACAGCUUUAAAGGAAUAGGUACGCUUAGCUUAAAAACCUGAAUCAAAGAUUAAAGGUAUUUGAUCUCCUAGGGUUUGGUUAAAGGAUAGUUUUCUGAGGUUUUUGUAGAAGAAUAAUGUUUAUUGUUCUCCUCCUUCUUGAGAAAAUGAACUCCAGAUCAGACACAGACAACUAUUGAAGCAUACGAGCACUUUAU